CCUGCCCCCAGGCUGUGGGAGAGAAAGGGCCUUUCCGCUCCCCCGGGGGUGGCUUAAUCCCCUGUGGCCCUUGACAGGGGAGGCGGCGAGAGGGAGAGAAUCGUGGUAUCUCAGUUGCUGUUGACAGAUCCAGGGAUCAGGACCAGGAAAGUGGGGUGUCUCUCUCACACGUAGCUCUUGGGGGAGGGUGGGAGUUUGUGGCACCACUGGGGAAGAGACGCCUCUGACCUUCAUGAUUCUGCUGGAGCCGCAACACCUGCACAAGUUGAAAAACUACAUGCAGUAAAAGCUGGAAAAGUUGAAUUUCACUUUAAGCGAGUGGACAAAAAGCAACAACAUGGAUGAUUUCAUCUCCAUCAGUCUGCUGUCUCUGGCUAUGCUGGUUGGCUGUUAUGUGGCGGGGAUUAUCCCCUUGGCAGUUAAUUUUUCAGAGGAAAGGUUAAAGCUGGUGACAGUUCUGGGUGCUGGGCUCCUCUGCGGAACUGCCUUGGCGGUAAUUGUGCCUGAAGGAGUACAUGCACUUUAUGAAGACAUUUUGGAGGGGAAGCACCAUCAGGCCAGUGAGACUCAAAAUGUGAUUGAAUCUGAGAAAGCAGCCGAAAUAACAGCUGAGCAUGAGCAUGGCCACGACCAUUCAAAAUUACACGCGUACAUUGGUGUUUCCCUUGUCCUUGGUUUUGUCUUCAUGCUUUUGGUGGACCAGAUAGGCAGCUCCCACGUGCACUCUACAGAUGACCCAGAAGCGGCAAGGUCAGGCAAUUCCAAAAUCACUACUACACUGGGACUAGUGGUCCAUGCUGCAGCUGAUGGUGUUGCAUUGGGUGCAGCAGCUUCCACUUCUCAGACCAGUGUCCAGUUAAUAGUGUUUGUUGCAAUUAUGUUACACAAGGCACCAGCUGCCUUUGGCCUGGUUUCCUUUCUAAUGCAUGCUGGGCUGGAACGGAAUCGAAUCAGAAAGCACUUGCUGGUCUUUGCAUUGGCAGCACCUGUUUUGUCAAUGGUGACAUACUUAGGGCUAAGCAAGAGCAGCAAAGAAGCCCUUUCAGAAGUCAACGCCACUGGAGUUGCCAUGCUUUUCUCUGCAGGGACUUUCCUUUAUGUUGCCACAGUGCACGUCCUCCCAGAGGUGGGAGGAAUGGGGCAUAGCCACAAACCUGAAUCAACAGGUGGGAAAGGACUCAGCCGCCUGGAGGUGGCAGCCCUGGUCCUUGGCUGCCUUAUUCCUCUAGUUUUGUCCAUUGGGCACCAGCACUAAAGGUUCAAAGUCACUGUUCUUCUCCUUGAUCUGGUGUGAGCAGUAAAUGUCAGCUGCUCUUUUCAUCGUUGUCUCUCUUACCCCAUCAUCCACCCCAUCUGCGCUGUGGAGUUCAGAGGGAAGCUUGAUUCCAACGUGAAGAAUUCUGGAAAAGCUUUUAGUGUAGCAAAAUGUACUUUGGCAGCCGGACAUAAAUUCUGUGUAAUUUUCUUUUCUGAAGACAUUUGAUAUUUUAAUUUUGAUUUCUGGCCCCUAUUCUCAGGGAAGAUGGACUCUGAAUUUUAAGAAAGGUGAGUGGGGAAGAAUUUAAUGGCUCAUCAUGAAAUUGCAAUCACCAAAGUAUUCUGCAACUCAGCGUUCACAGCUGAGAAUAAAACAAUGGAUGGAUGCCUUUUAAUAUGUGGAAAUCUUCUUACCAGUAGAAUAGGGGAACCUCCCCUACAAUUUUUUAAUGUUGUCCUGACAUAUGUGACUGAUCCAUGUAAUAUCAAUGCCAUAAACCUUGCUGUAAAGAUGCAGUACUCAAAAUUCUGGUUAAUGCACUUGUUGCAAAAGACAAGAACUGUGGAUUGGAAGAAACAUUAUUGGACAAAGAUUAGAGGAAGUCUAGGAUGUCAGAAUUCAGCUAGUUAAGUAAGUGGAGAUGACUUUUGCAUUGCAUUCCCUGGAUUAACACAAAGGAAACAAGAAAGUCCUAGAAACAAGGAAAUAUUCUGUUUUUACUUGGUUUAUGCAAUGGCUUGUUACAUUAUUUAACAAAAAACAGAAACAAAGCACACAUUGGAAGCAGAUCUCCCAUCAUGUCCGUAAAGAGUAGCAACCAAAACUGUAGAGGCAGUUAGGAAUCUGGCACCAGGGCUGCACUGCUACUAUCCUUGAGAGACAAAUACACAGUGUCUUUUUAAAUCAAACUGUUCAGGGCUCUGAGUGGAGAUCUGAUGGAAAUGGAUUUUGAGGGACCAGAGAACUAUACUAGCUCAUUUACAAAGGGCUGAAACUAGUGGUUAGUUUUUUUUCUUUCAUUAAAUAAAAAAUAUUAAGGUUAACAAAACAAGAUCUCUGGUUAAAUCCUCAUACUCUGUGCAUAUUGGCAGGUGCACAGUGUGUCUAAACUAGUUAACUGCUCUGCUAAAUCUUCAUACCAACAAGCAAGAAGCAUUUUGUUUUUGUUGAGAACCUAUUAAAAUCGUACCUUUCUCCUUUGGGAAUUUUGCAAUCCAUCAUCUCUUGAUUAUGGUUGGUUGUAGUGAUGCUCUUCUGGGACUCAGUGCCAUUGCAG